AUGAAUGCUAGGGUUGGGACGGAUGAGCUUCUUCUAUAUCUCGGUCUAACUAACCGUCUUCAACCAGGACUUGGAGACACAAGGACUGUGGAGAAAAUUGAUUUACAUCCAGGCUGGGACAGGGGAGACAGGCUAAAUGAUAUACUCCAAGGUCAUGACCUCGCGGUGUUGACGUUAAGAUCAAGUGUGGAUAUCUUGAACCCUACAACAAUACCUAUUUGUCUCCCAUUUACCUUCUCAUCAGGAGAUGUUGAAUCUGCUCUUGUGUCUGGUUUCGGGGUGGUUGUUUCCCCAAGAGAUGGACGUAAGUCCCACCCUAUCCUUCUACAGACUGCAUCAGUUGAUCUCAAAUCUAAGGAAUCUUGUGUGGAACUUUGGAACUUCAGAGGAAAUCAACUUUGUGCUCUUGGCUCUAAGGUUCUGUCAGUCCCAGGAGGAGAUGAAGCCUUGUCUAUUCUAGCCGAUAGCUGCAAUGGCGAUAGUGGUGGUGGGCUGACAGCUUCAGGACCUAAUAACAGAGAAUUUUUGCUUGGAAUUACAUCCUUCGGUGAACCCGAGUGUGGCAGACUAGGCGGGAAACCUGGUGUUUAUACGAAUGUUAAAGAACAUCUACCAUGGAUACAAGCAAGGAUAAAUAAUCAGGAUGGUGUUAAUUUUGGAACAGGGGGGACAGGAACAGGAAGCCAGGCUUGUUUUACUCAAGCAGGGAAGAGAUGCGUUUUCCCAUUCAAAUUCAAGGGAAAGAUAUUUGCCUCAUGUACAACUGAGUUUGAUGAAGAGGGUCUUGCUUGGUGUUCAACAAAAACCAAUCUGGAGGGUGACCAUAUUGUAGGAGAAGGUGAAUGGGGACACUGUCCAAGCUCCUGUCCUGUCGAUAUAUUGAACCCACCAGGGGAAGGCCGGCCCAACCCAUUAACAGUAGGAUCUAGCUGGGGUGCCUGGUCUGCUUGUUCAUCAACAUGUGGAGAAGGAUCAAGAUCAAGAAGUAAAAGCGGAGUCUGUCCUAGAAAUUCUCAGGACUGCAUAUCAAGAUACUGUUCAAUCUGUUCUGAAGCAACUUCAGUUGCUGAACCUAAACCUCGAGUAAUAUAUCAUAUCAACAACAGUUCCCUGCAGUACAGGAUUACUGCUCCCAAUGAUACCUGGGGAAAUUAUCCCUGCAUUACAUGCAAAGCUACUCCACACAGCUGCAAAACUGGCUUGAGAUAUCCACUGUUGAUGACUUCCUCGAUAUUAAACGGAUGGCAGGGAAAAAGAUAUGAGAACGAAUAUAUUGGAGAUGAUAUCCACAUGGAAUGUGUUGGAAUCCCUGGAGGUACUGUGAAAUCACUCCAUCAUGCUUUCUGCUGUGAAUACUCUAACCAGGAUAUCAUCGUAGACGUCCUCUUUGUUGCUGGUCUAAACGACAUACUGCGUGAUACUGAACCUGGAGAUAUAAUUGAAGAAAUGAGAAGAUUCAGAGCAUCAGUUUAUGGGAUGAAGAAAUUAAAGCAUUGUUCUCCUGGAAGCUUUGCUGCUGCAUGCCUUCCCCUACCUCCUAAGAUCGCAGUUCUUCCUAAAGAAAAUAGAAAACUUCGUUCAAAUAAAUACGACGACCUAUGUCUAUUGAAUGAAAUGAUCAAGAUUUUCAAUCGAGAGGAGACUAUUUCCAGUAUGCCUACUGUGUGGGCUCCUAGGUUUUAUACUUGGGGCCUGAAGGGUGUUAAGAACAAGAAAGGAGUAAAGGUAGGUCCAAGAGAAAGGCUGGCCUCCAAGGUAGGAGUCAGGAAAACGCAUUACAGAGAAGAUAAAGCCUGCAACAUGCUACAUCUCAGUGAUAAAAAGAGGUUAGACAUGGGAAAAUCCUGCCUCAAGUACUUCAUGUACAUCUACAAGAUCAUCAUCCGAAAUGAUUCCCGUACCUAA